AUGGCCUGCCUUGGCUGUCCUGUUGCUAUGCCUUUGGGUGAAGGAAGCACAAGAACUAUUUACGACAUCAAACUCUUAGGGGAUUUUAGGCUGCCCUCCCAGUCACUAAGCAACUUCUACAUGUCCACCAUGGAACGAAUCCUGACAGGAAGUAUUAGCACCUGGUUUGGAAACAGCAUGCAGCAGGGCCACACGGCUCCACGAAGAGGGUUACUUAUGGAACUUGCUACAGCUCUAAAUGAAAGGUUCUUCCUGGAACCUUCAUGUCGAUAUUUUUUGAGAAUUGAAAAUGGUUCUUUAUAUGGCAUCACUCUGAAGAACUGCUUUAGCACCUUUAUGUUAAAGAGUGCAGAACACCGCCGAUCAUCCGCUAUAAGUGGAGCGUGGCUUCGAUUGCCUGUGCCAGGUCUGAAGCCCCAACUUCCUGAUGCGUGUUCAGAUUCUCCAAGGAAGCAUGUCAUGACCCACGCCCGGCGGAAAAGUUCUCUGAGCAGAUAUCCAAGUGAAUCGCAGGACCAGGUGGGCAGUGGCCCACAUGCUGAACCAGUGGACGGGGCCUGGCCUGAGUGCCCUAAAGAAGGCAUGGCCAAGAGGGGACCAUCUGCAAACAGUGCUACAGAGGAUGGUGAUCGGAAGUCGUACUCGUUGAGGAAGCGUAGUGGUAUGACAGAUGUUGGCACCCGUCGAUGUCACGUGGUGCUGACUAGGCUAAACUCUGGAGAUGUUGAACGCGACCAGUUGAAAGAACAGAAUGUUGAUUAUCUUCAGACCGAUGACCUUCAUGAACAAAACUCAGGUGGAGAGUCUGACAAGUGGAGAAAAAUGAAAUUGGGUGGCAACUUCGUGUCAGGAGCUCCCCCUGUGCUCCACUUGGCCUCCGAACCAAGGAAACGAAGGCUGGCAUCUUUAAAUGCUGAGGCCGUGAAUAGCUUGCUUUUAGAGCGGGAAGACUUCCAAAAAGAACCACGAUUUUCCAGGAAGGGAACGCAGCGCUUGCACAAGGAUUGUCUCUCUGUUAAAGACUCCUCAGGAAAGCCUCAGAUUGGGAGUGAUGACUCCUUUUUGAGUAAGAAAACAAAGACUUUGAAAUCAAGCAGCUCCAGAACGGAGAAGGAGGACCUUAAAGGUGUUGACCUAGAAGGACCUGCUCCAAAGCGUCUGGCGGGACUCAAUGCCGCUGCCUUGCUGAAGCUUACUGGUGCCUCAGCUGGGGUCAAGCGUAGACUUAAACAGGAUGGUAAAGGUGAAGGAAUAUGUGGAAAGAAGCGGCCCAAGAUCCGGCCUCCAAAAAACCACCAUCUUCAACUGAAGCUGCUACAAGAUGAAUGCCUGGAGUGUAAAAAAGAGGCCUUUUCUCUCAAAACCGAGUGGGAGGGCCUCUCUGGACAAGACAAUUUCCCACAUUCGGGCUAUCAUUGUAGAAGUUUGCUUGGUUACUCUAUGAAGCCUGUCAAACAGGAACAGACAGAGGCCGAGGUAAAGCCAUUUUUUCAUUGUGCCUCAGAGGAGUCUGUCGAGUAUUGCCAUAGAUUGGCACUGCUACUGAGGCAUCAGAACUUCGCCUCUCAGCCCUUUGAAGAAACAGAUGACCGAACUUCGCCCCUCAAACAGGAGUUUCUAUUACCCCAGCAUUCUCUGGCACACUCUGCUUUAUCAGUUGGCACAUCUCCUUACCUGUGUAUGGACCCAUGCUACUCAAGCUAUUAUCUCCACUAUGACCACCAGGGGACAUCUUCACCCCCAGUGACACAUGGACCGGUGCCCUAUCCAACCUCUGCUAUCUCCCCUGUCCCAAUGUGCACAGCAGGAGUUCAGAGUUCAAAACUACUGGUGUCUGCGGCCACUACACCCUCAGGAAUCCCUAUCCCACAUCCUGCCUUCUGCAACUCCAUGGGGUCAUCCUGCUUUGGAGAGGCCUGUGGGAUGAAUGGUUUCACCAAUAAUGUUGCUUAUAGAGCUAUGCACUCACUUGCUACCAGGGGCUGCACUUUCAACAUGGGUCACACUGGCUGCACACACAAAGUUAAAACAGAGGCCUACUCCACUUCCCUGGAUGAACGCAACCCAUCAAUUCCAGUUUCUCCGACUUUGCCCCUCUCAGGAUGUCCUGUACCCACGGUGCCCCCUGCUGCCCAGUCUGUGCCACACCUGCAGACACCACUGUCAGAUCCCAGUCAGCCACAGAUUCAGCUGAAGGUGGCACGGGAGUGCCCACAAAGUGCUAAACCCCCAAGUGGCUCACGUUCAGGGGUUCGCAGCACCACUGGCUGCCCUCACCUUUCCAGAAAUGAACUUGUGUCUGGGCACACUGCAGCCACGGGCAAACAGCAGAGGAUCAGCCGUAGAAGGGCCACCAAUGGCUGGCUGCCAGUAGGACUGCCUGUGGAGAAGGAAGUCUUUAUUGUGGGGGCGGAUGAGCCAGCUUUGCGACGCUGCUAUGAAGGUGUUCAGAGGGAUGGAGAAAUCAUCCGUAUCCGUGACACUGUCCUGCUUCGAUCUGGACCACGUAAGAAAUCUCUGCCCUAUGUGGCCAAGAUCUCUGCACUAUGGGAGGACCCAAAAACAGGUGAGCUGAUGAUGAGUUUGUUCUGGUAUUACCGGCCAGAACACACACAAGGUGGAAGGAAUCCCAGCAUGCACUGUGAGAAUGAAAUUUUUGCAUCUCGACACCAAGAUGAGAACAGCGUUGCCUGCAUAGAAGAUAAGUGCUACGUUCUGACACUGUCACAAUAUUGCAGAUUUUGUGCCUCAGUGAAGCGACGUGGGGAGGGCCUUCCUGAAAGUGCCAACAUAGUGCCACCCUCUCCAGAGUAUGCCAUUCCAGUCCACCGCCGGGUUCCCGGAAACAUCGACCCCAACUUGGUGUUUCUCUGUCGCCACGUCUACGACUUUCGAUAUGGCCGAAUCCUGAAGAAUCUACAGUAGUGGCUUGGGCUUGAUGGGCGCUCCUCAGGAGCCUGCCCUCUUCCCUUCCCUUUCCGCUAGCCUGCCAGCCAGCCAGCCAGCCAACCAAAUAAGUCCCCGCAGCAGAGAGUGGAAGUGGGCAGACAAACCCGCUCAGUCAAUCAGUCAAUGAAUUAAUCAAUCAAGGGAACAGCAUACUAAUGAUUCAGCAGAGGAUGUGGCCGAACAAUUGCUGCAGAGUGUGGGCUGUAGCCCAGAGCUUAUUGUGAGUCGGAGAGAGGGCAGUAAAGGGAAGAUCCAGCUCGGGGAGUGGCACUGGGAGAACAGCAUGCAAAAUCAACCCAGUGAUCCCAGUGGGGGGUCUGGUUGACUUUCUUCAUGGCUCUGCCAAAUUGCCCCCCCACUCCUCCCCAUGGAAUGUGGACAGCAUGUCCAUUAAAAGAAACAAAAAUGCUGUAGUGGUUCAGUGGGUUAAUCCUGUAUAAAUUUAUGCCUAGUUGUCUAAAUAGAGCGAUGCUUUAAUUUGGGUGUUUCAUAUAAUGCUAUUGUACUGAAACUCUGUAUAUUGUAAUCAGAAUAAGGCAACAUCUUUGUGUCUGGACAGUCCGGUUUCAGAUGAAUGAGAAGUCGUGGUAUUGUAGCUAAUGGGCCACUCAGAUACCACCAGUGGCGGUAUUUGGGAGCCAGGCCCGCGAUGUGUUAAUGGAUCAGCUGAGCCUCUUUACAGCUUGUUGGGGUGGGGGUUUUUGGGGUGAGGGGGGGCAUCUUCUGUUUAGAUUUGAAAACUUGGCAAUGUAUUUCUCUCAAAGCCUUUAUUAAUUUAUUGUUUAUGUUUUAUUAUGAUUUAAAUUAUUUGAAACAACCAAGAAUCUUUGAAUAUAGUAUAUGAAGAGGCUGAAUAGAGCAAAUGCAUUCAGGGCUGGUAAUUUCACAAUCUUGAGUCCAGGCUGACCAGUAGGUAGUGUGUCUGUGAGAAAUCUCCAGAGGUUUGAGUUACUCUGCAAAGUGUCAUUCCCCCUGGGACGUUUCAGAAUUUGGGCAUCGCAGGAAAUGAGAACAGUGGUGGAAGGAAGAGCUCCCUGGGCCUAGAGAAGGGGUGUGGGAGGAAUUAGCUUUGCCCGGGGAGUCUCAUUCAAUUUGUAGUUUGUAUAGCACCUUUGAUUUUUUUAUUUUUUUUUUUUGGUAGAGCACUUAGUUUAAUAGGUUGUUACGUAUUCAUUUGAACACACGUUUUUGGCACUUAAGCUAGAAGAUAUUUGUUUUAUUAGCCUUCAGUCAACACUUCGGAGCCUUUACUUGAGACAAUUUGUAUGAAGUUUAUUGACAAAUUAGGCCAGUGCAUGAACUGAGGACACUGAUGUCUUAGUACCUCCUCCUUGGUGGUAAACCUUGCUAUCCAGUUUUAAAGGGAGAAGGUUCAUGAAGCUGUUCUUUGGACGGAGUAUAGUCAUUAUAUUUAAUGUGGCAAUAAGAUGUAUAUUUUUAGUGAAUAGCACACAAAAAAAACCAAGAUGUUGGGUAAGUUCCCCAGUUCUCUAGUUGAAUGUGAGUUGGAAGGGGGGUCCUCCUAGGAUCCCAUUCCAGGAGACUCAGGUGGCUUUGGGUGAAUUUAGUAAUCCUAGCUGUGAUCAGUAGAUGUUCACUUUUUCUGCUAAGGCUUUGUAUUCCACUGUAGAUCUGCCUGUGGAGCAUUUAUGUCAGAAUGGAGCAGAGAGAAAAAGAAACUGCUGCUGAAGUUCAGCAGUUUAGUUCUCCUCAGGCCUCUUCUGCAAGUAAUUUCAGAUGGGGUCAAAUGACGAGUCCUCCUGCAUGGCAACCAAAGCACAGUGAAGCCAUUUCCUAAGUGCAAUAAACCCCUACAGUGAUGGGCAUUGGGGUGACAAAGCAGACCUAGCAGGAUCUGUAGCCUCUCCUUGCCGCUUACUCUGGUCGGCCUCUUAAAUCCCACUCCUGGCCAGUUAUCAGCAGCAUGCAAGCCCCCAAUUGCUUACUGUAGAGGAAAUUUGUCAUUUCCUGUGAUGCCAGAAUUCUGAGGCAAGGUUUUUGAGCGCACUAAAGCGUGGGAGAAUGGUAAAAGAAGUAUUGUGAAUCCGAAUUGAGUAUUUAUUUGGAGGACCAAUGGGCAACUGCCUGUCCCAGGGUACACUGGGGCUUGCUGGCCAUGCCCCACACAGGAACGAUUUGGCCCCCUUUCUGUGAACUGACCAAUGAAUGGGAGGGGAUGUUGCCUGUACCCUCCCUCCCUCCUAACCCCCUUCCCUCCCUCCCUAACCCCCUUCCUUCCUCCCUCCCUCUCUCUCCCCCAUCGUUACCGAUGACUUGCCUUACAUUUUGCAGGUAGUGACCUAGGAAGAAAAAAAAAAAAA